ACUUGUCAGUCAGCUCGUGCCAGCAGCCCGUGUGUCUGCCGCCCCAGCACACUCUCAUUCCAUGUGUCUGUCUGGCCUGCUCUGUUCAUCUGUUCAGAGACGCUCCUGACAACUCAGGAUUUUUCCUUUUUCUCUUGCUGUGGAAUUAAGAGGAGAACCAUUACAGCUAAUUCUCUGUCACCCUCUCCCACCCCCCUACUGCCACCACCACCACACCGAAUCAGAGGAGGAGAAGGAGGAGGAAGAAGAAGAAGAGGAAAAGGGGGCUUCUUACUUUAUGGUAGCUUCACAUUCAUUCCCUUUACGGUUUCCCCAACCUCGAUCUCUAGAAUGGAAGAGACUGAACUGGUGAAGGAGAGACUCCAGGCCAUCACAGACAAAAGGAAAUUGCAAGAAGAAAUCUCACAAAAGCGCCUGAAAGUAGAGGAAGAAAAGCUAAAACACCAGCAUUUGAAGAAAAAGGCCUUGAGGGAGAAAUGGCUCCUGGAUGGAAUAAACAGUGGAAAAGAACAGGAGGAAAUGCAGAAGCAAAAUCAACAAGACCAGCGUCAAACCAAAGUUCUAGAGCAGAGCAUCUUAAGACUUGAGAAAGAGAUUGAAGAGCUUGAAAAAGCAGAAUUGAAAGUCUCAGCUCAUGAAGAAACAAUUUUAAAGAAACUAAAAUCAGUUGAGAGAACUGCAGAAGACAUUAUAAAGUCUGUGAAGGUGGAAAAGACAGAAAAACCAGAAGAGACCAUUGAAGACAUCUAUGCCAAUAUCCCUGAUCUUCCAAAAUCCUACAUACCAUCUAGGUUAAGGAAGGAACGAGAUGAAGGAACAGAAGAAGAUGAACAAAAUAGAAAAGCUUUGUAUACCAUGGAAAUUAAAGUUGAAAAGGACAUGAAGACUGGAGAAAGCACAGUACUAUCUUCAAUACCUCUCCCAUCUGACAACUUUAAAGGUACAGGCAUAAAAGUUUAUGAUGAUGGCCGAAAAUCAAUCUAUGCAGUCAGCUCCAAUCACCAUGUUGCACAUAAUGGCACUGAUGAUCUAGGACCCAUUGAGGUGGAGGAACUUUUAAGACAAGCCUCAGAGAGAAACUCUAAAUCUCCAACUGAAUAUCACGAGCCUGUGUUUGCCAACCAGUUCUGCAGACCUUUAACCCCACAGAAAGAAGGUGUAACCCCUGGACCAAAUCUUCAAGAAAGGAUGCACAUUCAAGCUAAUGGACUAGGCAGUAGUUUAAAUGGUUCUUCACACAAUUUGGGAAAUGGCUUACAGAAGGAUAAUCAUCUCCGCACCAUGCGACCAAUACCUCGCCCCAGAUCAGUGGUUCAGCAGACAGAGGACAGUCUUCGUACCCAACCAAAGACGAUGCCAUCUUGGGAAGAAACAAGUGUGACGCAAGAGGAAUGUGUGCCCUCUUCCAAGGCAAGAGAGAGCCCCCAAGAGCCAUCCAUUAGGAAGUCAGUACACCAGCGUUCUUCACCAACUGUGCAGGAAGAAGAGGAAGACAUCAAGUACAACAUCGUUCAUUCCAUGCCUUGUAAUGUAGAUGACUCAAAACCUGUUACCAUGAUUUUCAUGGGAUAUCAGCAAGCAGAAGAGGAGGAUGAAGAAGAAAAAAAGCUCCUAACAGGGUAUGAUGGAAUCAUCCAUGCAGAACUGGUGGUGAUUGAUGAUGAUGAAGAGGAGGAAGGAGAAGCUGAGAAACCAUCCUAUCAUCCUGUGGGUCACUACAGUAAGGUUUACCAACCUACUAAGCCAACACCACUCCCCAGGAAGAGAUCAGAAGUCAAUCCUCAUGAAAACUCAAGCCAUCAAUCACCUCACAAAAAGCCCAUAGCUUUAAAUGAACAAAAGGAAAGCUUAAACUACCCCACCCACCAUUCUAACCUAGAUAGCCAGAGAGCUGGAGAUGGGACAGAGGAUCCUUCUCUCACAGCACUAAGGAUGAGAAUGGCAAAACUGGGAAAAAAGGUGAUCUGACAGCUGCUCACUUGUGUAACUAAACAUCUCUGAAAGAAGAAAUUGAAGACAGUCUUCCCAUUCUCUUCUGGAUGGUUUUGCUUUUAUUCCUCUCCUAAAUUCCAUCCCCAAAUGGCAUAAUGUGUGUACAAAAAAUAUACAUGUUAUGUACAUAGAUAGAUACAAUACAUGCAUAUGAUGCCAUGCAUUCAUGGUAACCAUUAUUCAUGAAAAAUAUACAGAUAUGUGGGAAAAACAAAUGUUCACUUGUUGCAGUUAAAUGACAUGCUUUAAGUGGGAAAAUUCUAGCAUAUUUUUAUUGAAUUGAUACCAAAGCAUUUCUAAUAAGAGCUUGUUAAAGUUAAAAAUAAAGUUAUUUAAAAUAGAAAUUAAAUUG